GUCGGGAUAGGCCACCUCCGGCAUCCAACCAGGCUCGGCGCAGGACUACAGAAAAAUAAAGCAGUGGAGAGGACCCCCUGACUAGAGUUUCUCUUUUCAAGGAAAAGCAACGAAAAAUCGGGGGGAAAGUCUGGGCAAAGUGGAAUUAAAAGCUAAGGCUGGGUUUUUGGAAGCCUCGGGCUGGGAUGACGAAGAUGUGUGCCGGGGUUUGAAGUGUGUUUUAGAGGGUUUGAGCUGUUUUUUCGAGGGGAUAAAAACUUGUCUGGCAGCGAAGGAGCCAGAGAGAAGAGGGAGCUUCUUCAGCGAGAGGAGAACAGCAGUCUUGGGCAGAGAGGAGGCAAGAGUGGACAUCGUGGAGCCCGUGAACUUCACACCAGGAAUGGAUGAUCAGGCUUCUUUGGCAGCAGUGCUUGAAGACCCAGCCCUGAAGUGUUUGGUGGCGAGCUGAAAGUGCUGUGAGGCAGAAUGAAGCAGCAGGAGUGGACACAGCAGCUGAUGUGAAGAAAAUGGGUGUAAAUGCAUCUAGCUAUCCUCACUCAUGUUCCCCUAGGAUUGGGGGAAACUCACAGGCACAGCAGACAUUCAUAGGUACCUCAUCUUACUCUCAUCAGGGCUAUGGUUGCGAGUCAAAGCUCUAUAGCUUGGAGCAUGGCCAUGACAAACCCCAGGACAAGAAGAAGAAGAGCUCAGGCUUGGCCACUCUUAAGAAGAAGUUCAUUAAGAGGCGCAAGUCUAGCCGCUCUGCUGAUCAUGCCAAGCAGAUGCGAGAGCUGCUGUCGGGCUGGGACGUAAGGGAUGUCAAUGCCUUGGUGGAAGAGUAUGAGGGGACAGCUGCUUUGAAGGAGCUCAACUUUCAAGCUAGUCUGGCCCGACCUGAGGCCCUAACAUUACAGAAGGACCUGGCUGACCUCUAUGAGUACAAAUACUGCACCGAUGUUGACCUAAUAUUUCAGGACACAUGUUUUCCUGUGCAUCGGGCAAUCCUGGCUGCACGGUGCCCUUUUUUCAAGACAUUGCUCUCCUCCUCUCCUGAGUAUGGGGCCGAGAUCAUGAUGGAUAUCAACACAGCUGGCAUUGAUAUGCCUAUGUUCUCGGCUUUGCUGCAUUACCUGUACACGGGGGAGUUUGGCAUGGAGGAUGCUCGCUUCCAGAAUGUAGAUAUUCUGGUGCAACUCAGUGAGGAGUUUGGGACACCAAAUUCCUUAGAUGUGGAUAUGCGUGGCCUCUUUGACUACAUGUGCUAUUACGACUCUGUCCUCAGCUUUUCUUCCGACACAGAGUUGGUGGAAGCCUAUGGGGGCAAUCAGGGUUGUCUGGAGGAGGAGCUGAGAGCCCACAAAGCUAUUCUGUCAGCCCGCUCUCCCUUUUUUCGCAACCUCCUGCAGAGGAGAAUACGGACAGGGGAGGAGAUUACUGAUCGGACACUGCAGACGCCAACCAGGAUCAUCCUGGACGAAUCCAUCAUUCCCAAGAAGUACGCCAAGGUCAUUCUCCAUUGUAUGUACACAGAUGUUGUGGACCUCUCCUAUGUGCUACACUGCAGCCCCUCGGUGGGCAGCUUGAGUGAAGUACAAGCUCUGGUCGCAGGGAAGGGAAACAUGAGCCGAGCAGAAGAAGCAAUGGAGCUGUACCAUAUUGCACUUUUCUUGGAAUUCAAUAUGCUGGCACAAGGAUGUGAAGACAUUAUUGUGGAGAGCAUUUCAUUAGACUCGGUGAUCACCAUCCUCAAGUGGAGUUCUCAGCCCUACGGGUCGAAGUGGGUCUAUCGGCAGGCCCUUCAUUUCCUCUGCGAGGAGUUCAGCCAGAUUAUGACUUCAGAUGUUCUCUAUGAGCUUAGUAAAGACCACUUGCUCACUGCCAUCCAGUCUGACUAUCUACAGGCCAGUGAGCAGGAUAUUCUCAAAUAUGUAGUUAAGUGGGGAGAGCACCAGCUUAUUAAAAGAAUGGCAGACCGAGAGCCUAACUUGCUGAGUGGAACCGCUCACAGUGUGAACAAACGAGGGGUAAAAAGAAGAGAUUUGGACAUUGAAGAGCUGAAGGAAAUUUUGUCCCCUCUAUUGCCAUAUGUGCGUAUCGAGCAUAUACUUCCCACCAACAGCGAGGUCCUGUCAGAUACGAUGAAGAGAGGACUGAUCAGCACACCUCCCUCAGACAUGCUGCCCACUGCAGAAGGGGGAAAAGCCAAUGCCUGGUUACGGCAAAAGAACGCCGGAAUCUACGUCCGGCCUCGGCUCUUCUCACCGUAUGUAGAGGAAGCUAAGUCUGUUCUAGAUGAAAUGAUGGUAGAGCAGACCGAUCUGGUGCGCUUGCGGAUGGUGAGAAUGUCUAAUGUACCCGACACCCUCUAUAUGGUCAACAAUGCAGUGCCCCAGUGCUGCCACAUGAUCAAUCACCAGCAAAUCACAGGCAGCCAGACUGCUCCGCCAUCUGUGGUAGCCAAUGAAAUACCUGUUCCCAAGCUGAGCGUGGUCAAGGAGAUGAUCCGGAGGCUCCAGGAGCUGCGGCACAUGGACCAGGUGCAAAGGGCUUAUGCCCUGAAUUGCGGAGAGGGAGCCACUGUGAGCUACGAGAUUCAGAUCCGUGUGCUGCGGGAGUUUGGACUCCCCGAUGGUGCUGCCGAGCUCCUGCAGAAUCCACAUAAAUUCUUCCCCGAGGAGCGUUUUGGAGAUGAGAGCCCAGUGUUGGCGCUGCGCCAGUCAGGACGCUGCCGGAUCAAUAGCACCCCUGCGGUGGAGAGCAUGUUUGCUGACCUGGAGUCCUUGGCAAACUUCCACCCGCCCCUGCCCCCUCCUCCGCCCCCGUACCACCCCCCAGCUACCCCAAGUCACGGACACCUCAAGGCUGGCUGGAGACCACGAGCUCCCGCCCAGCCGCCCUCCCGUUCCUUCUCCUAUCCGUGCAACCAUUCCCUGUUUCACCUGCGGCCCUCCUCCAAACACGCCAGCCCUGCCUACCCCCCAAGCGCCAAGGCCGUCCCUCCUGACUGCACCAACCCUGCCGGACUGAGCAGAACUCUGCACCCGGAGAAGCAGGGGAAUAUGGAGCCUGUAAUCAACGAGUUCAUGCCUGACAUUGCCAUGGGGGUUUCAGCCAUGAGUCUGAAAGAGCGCAGGCUGCCAGAAGUGACCGUGGAGGCUGAGGGGCACGUGGGCCUAAGUGACCUGCACCAGCACACGCCCCCCGCGCCCCCUGCGCCCCACUACCCUACCGCCGCCCCCUGUCACUCCGGCCGGCACGGGCACGGCUCCCGCAAGAAGCACACCUCGGAGCAGAAGGCCGAGAGCCGCCAGGAGUACCCCGACCUCUACGACUUUUCCUGCCGCCCGGGCACCCCGGCCUCCGGCCACCACACCCCCUCCCCUCUGCAAGCCGCCUACGCCGGCCCCGACCUCUACAGCCACAGCCGCACCCCCGCCGGCUCCCUCAAUCCCUCCUACCUGCCCGACAUGCACCCCCCGAGGCCUGGGCCCGACCCCCUGCACCUGGACGUCCUGGAGCAGCCCCCGCAGAGGCUGGACUUGGCGCUGGCCGCUCAGGGCGGCCCUGCCGCAGGCGGCCACGGGGCGGUCAGGGGGCGGCCCAAAAACGAGACGGACCUGACGUGCGGGCUGGGGCCAGGCCGUCCCCCAGGUGUGGGCCCAGAGCCGUUCGAGGAGCGCCCCCUGGGCAGGAGGUCGGCUCCCGAUGGCACAGGAGGUGCUGGGGAGCCCCCAGGAGCCUUACUGCCACACAGGAACAGUGCCAGCGAGGAGGCAAUAGCCAGCAGAGACCGCAGGUCACCAAACAAGCCUGAUUACCCUUAUAAGAAAUCUGCACUUUAAAUAAAAAACAGAUGAGAAGAAGAAGAAAUAGAAACAAAAGGGAAACGUGGAAGAUGACUUUGACCCUUUCCUCUUUAGAUGUUGCUGAUGGAAAUUCUCGUAAGGCGCUAACUGCAGGGCUUCUAGCUGACGUACACAUGGUACUUGUUGUUCUCAACGUGUCCUUAUAUUCUAGUUGCAUAGAAUGGCAUUAAUAGAGGGUUGGUUUGGUUAAGAACUCGCUUUUCACCCUCGCGCCCUCGAUGCGAGUUUUAAAUAAGUUAAAAGGCAGCUUCACCUUUUUUCUGAGUCGCUCUGACACUACAAGAACAGGAUGUGGAUGUAGCUUAGUUGUUGCAUGUCAGUGCCACUGUUUUAACGAGAGUGUUCUUAAAAAAAAAGACAUAGCAAGGCUGCAGUUGUUUUUUUUUGUCAGAUAUUGUGCACAGACUAUACUAAUGAUUAAGGUAUUGAACGUGGUCUGCAGUACCAAAAGGAUUUUUUUUUCCCAUUUAAGAGUCCUGAAUAAUAACUUAUAAAAACCUACGGUUUUACCAUGUACUUACUGCGCAGUCAGAUGAUAUAUUAUACAUCAUGUAAUGUGUGCCAGCUUUUUCUCCAGUCUUUAGCUAAGCAUAUUUCUGUGUAAGGUUUGACAGAAGAACAACCAUUUUACCAUCUUAAGUAUUUUAUUCAGAGUUUCAGCUCCAAAAAGACCCGAUGACCCUUGUGUCUUUGUGAUUGGCUUAUUGAUUCUCUUUCUGCCUGGGGUUUUUAUUUCUUUUCCAUCACUACCUGCAUUGCAAGCAGUUCUAUUAUUGCAGACUACCCCCGUGUAUCAUUUUUUAUCUGGAAAUUUCAUUGUUGAAAUUCAGUUAUACAAUUCAUGGGUUCACAACAAUGUAAGGACGCCUUUUCUUCUUUUACUAUUAGUAUAGUAAAUGGCUGUUUGGUAAAUUGGCUAUUCAUAUUUUUAACUCAUUUUCCUACUUUAGAAAUGAGUAUUAGGUUUUCAGAACCCGCUAUGUGUACAUUCUAGGGGUUUUACAGUGUCACACACAUCCCUUAUUAAUAGUCAUGCUGUUUAAGGAGAGAGAUUUUAAAGAUCUUUUGAAAUUCCUGUAGGAUCCCAUCCUGGGCAUGCAUUUAUUCAGUCCUAAAACGAACAUUUUCUAAAAGGAAAAAAAAAACUAAGACUACAGGCACUUUAAUUUCAUGUAAUUUAUUAAUGUAAUUUAUUAAUGAAAAAUAUACCCAAAUUAUAAAUAUUUCCAUUAAUUUAGCAGUUGUGUUAAGUGAUCCAUGUUUUUGUUUUCACAGGAUCCUGUUCUUGUUUCACUGUUAGCAUCUGUUAGCAUAUUACAUUGCCUGGGAUAACCAUGAUAGUAGGUAUCCCUGUUUUCUGUUUGAGAGACCUAACAUCUCAAUAAUGGUAUGAGGAUUAUUGGGUUCUGAUGAGCACUUUGUCACCCACUGACACCAUUACUAAGUUAUGGUGUCCUAAAAGUAUCCAAAAUUUUACCACUGUGUCCAGUGUGUGGUUACACUAUCUUGAGUAAGAGAUGGAGAAAGUAAAUUUGAAUUUUGAAGCGAUGUAGUAAAGUCUAAACCAAACCAACCCAGAAAGUGAUUACAGGAAGCCCUGCAAAAGAGCACUCUGGAUCAAUUGCUUAUGAUUAAUAGCUCCCCAAAUUAAUCAUAGGUUCUUACUUCCUGACCUUCAUCCAUCAGAUUUGUUAUAGGUACAGUGUGUUUUCUGUAAUGAAUGACAGAUAUUUGUUCAUGAAAACUAUCAGUGGCUUAUUAAGGAGGAAAGGGUUAACUCUUCCAAGAACUUUAUAACAAAUCUUUUUCUUUGAAAUCAUCUUGAAAGUUCAUGGUAUAUGCCAGCAUAUAAACAGUCUGCUCAAGGUUGUUGUAAUGAAUAAUGUUUUUUUUUUUCUGAUAUAGUUAAUUGUAAUUUGCAGCAUAUACCGGGAAGGUUAAUAGUAAUUUGCAAACUGCUAUGCUAAAGAAAAUACUUUUCUUGUUCCCUUAUCUUGUACUGGUUCCACCGGUUAGCAGAUGUACUGUAUGACCAUUCAGUUUGUAUUAGGAAGGGAUUGUGGUUGUUGUGGAGGAUUGUUAAUAUCGCAGUGCCCUCAUGGACUUUAAGGACAUACAGCGUCACCUGGCCUCCGUUGAAAGUUUAAUAACAAAAACCUUGACUGAAAUGCAUUGUAAGAUGGCAGAAAUCUACUAUCAGAGAUAUAAGGACAACAGUGUGAAACAAGUGCCUGUGCACAGUGACCUGGUAAUUGGGGUUGGGAUGAUUUAUAGAUCCAUGUCUUGCUUUGCGGGUGUUUAUGAAAUUACAUAACGCAUACCAAGACAAAACACAGCUAUGUGAAAGCCUUACUGAUUAUUCACUACACUGAUUAAAAACUAGAACUCCUUAGAAACUAGGUUUAAGACCUGUGUAUAGCUUAGUCAGAGAUGUGCAGGCUAAUCCAGCAGCACGUUCAUAUCCCUUAGUCCAGUGUAUAUUGUACCUUUACAAAAUCACACACUCCUCUGUCCCUGAAAUAUCGGGUUAAUUGAGUCAACUGGGUGAUGAAUUGAAAUCAAUUUCAGCCUUUAAAUGAGUGCAUUCAAGCAGUGGCUAUACUGUUAAGAGUGAUGUGGCUGUGUCUAUCUAACUAGAACUGAGUUCAGACUUGUUAAAUAGCUGAGGGUUAUUACUUUACAAUUACAGCUCUUUUUUUCCCUGAUACUAAUUUGGCAAAAUAUACAUCCCCAAAUGUGAUAAAACACUAACGGCCAUGUUAUCUAGAAUAUUUCAAAGGUAGAAUGUCUACAGUAAAAGGAAAACAAUCUCAUCAGCUAUAAUACUGCUUAUGUGUAAAAUAGUUUAUUGCUGUGAUUUGAUUGAUAUCAGUAGGGAUGGAAUGACACAACAGUGAGAAAAGAGGUGCCAGGGACAAAGUAACCCAAUUCAAACUGCUCCACUUGAGACCAUUAAACACGUGAGCAGGGAUGUAUUAGAGCAGUGUAGCAGAGCUGAUAUAAAGUCAAUGAAGUUACAGAAGCCCACUGUGCUGGAAACCCCUAUUGUGAGUGCUCUUGUGUAUUGAUCCUUUUAGCACAUAUAUCAUUACAGAUGGAUUGUCCCUCAUUACAGAAGGAGUUUCAGGCAUUAAUAAGAAAAAUCCUUUAACAGUAGAUCAAUGAUGAAGGCUUGAAAAAAACAACAACCACCCAGUCUAUCAACCUGUCAUAAGUCAUAAUCUAUAGGAUGCUUGCACUUGAGUUGAAGGUACACCUGAUGAGUGCAACAUUUGAUUUCUAAUUUUUUAAGUGGACUUGAUUUUUCUAAGUGGCAUCAAAACAUGAAAAGCCUUAAUGUGCUGACUUUUUUGCACUCCUGUUUGUGACCAAAUUCAAUCAUCUGUAUUGUGUUCAGUUUUUUUAUUGGCUCGAGUAUCUUAAUGUACUGUGACUUGACAGCACUUGUAUGAAGAUGUCUCUCAUUGCAUCUUUCAGUUUGUAGCCCGUGACCUGUCCAGCUCCACCUACCUUUUGGGCUAAGAGUGAAAUAUCAGUUUUUCUUGCUUCUUUAUCCUGUGCUAACACGUUUCUACCUCUAGACAGGCAUCGUAACCCCUCCCCUGCAGCAGUUCAUGUACAGUUUUACCUCAAGCCACGGAUCAAAUCUGCAUCCUCACCUUGUAGUCACCUCAACCCAAAUGAUUUACUCUAGUAUGCAAUCCAUCGGUAUCUGCUUAUUUAACAGGAAAUGUUUUGAUGUUGUACUAAAGUUUGGUUUAGAAAAACAUGAUCACUGUCUUUAUCUGUUGUCCUUUUCGACAUCUUGCAAGUAUGAGGUGACACAUUUACCUUUCUUAUUGUACUUGCAGGGCAGAUCUCUAAGGGACUUAAACCCUCAGUGUUGUAGGUAAUGUGGACUUUGUAUAACAAGCCUAUUUCUCUGAAUGUUAAAAUGGGUUUCUUUUAAUAUUGGAAUAGAAAACAUUAUCCUACAGCCUACCGUUCCAACUUGUUUUCUAUGGGGGUUUGCUAAAGCCAGAUUAAUUAAAUUACUCAAAUGGUUUAGAAAGGCCAUUGGAGAUAGUAGCUUCAUCAGCCUGUGAGUUAUCACAAGAUAUUAUAUGGCUUCUGGAAAGUGCUGCUUUUAAAUAGGUUCCAGGCAAAAUGGAUAACAAUUUAAAAUACAAGGAGAGUGGUGAGAAAUGGUUCUUUCAUUCUUUAGCUUUUCAUUUGAAACAAAAGUGAGAAAUCAUUUAUGCUGUUCUUGUCAGUAUCAACCUUAAAUUUAAAAAGCCCAUGCCAUGGAGAUCUUAGAUCUUAGAAAGUAAUCUAAGACAAUCCUUUUGCUUUGACAAUCUGUGCGUGCCCAUGUGCAUAGAAAAUCAUGAAAACCAAAGACAAUGCUACUCGGAAAAGGAUUCAUCAAACUAUAGCUGCAUCAUCCUAGCUCGAGUCAUAAAAAAGAGAAACUGCCCUUGAAGUUGUUCUGAGGCAUUUUCCAUAAAAUUCUUUCUGACCAGAGCUUAAAUGUUUUGUACUGUUCAGCAUUAAACAGACAAGAGAGACAGCAAUAGGGAAAAAAAACACUGGCCACAGGAUAGCCUCCUCUGUCCUCUUGAUAGAGAUAAAUCAUAAUAAAAGGACAUUAAACCACAGUGAGAUUUCUUAUUUCAAAACAAUUGGAAGGGUUUCUUUUCACUGGAGGAAUGUAUAAAGCAUCUCAUUUCACUUUACAUAGGAUAGUUAGUUUUACAUGACUUUGCAUAUAACUGAGGAAAUAUUUGUUCUUUACUCAUUUGCUUCAAAAAUGCAGUAUCAUAGCAUGGGCUUCUUUGUACAGAGUACUAUUUUAUAGGAAAUAGAGAUUUUCUCUAUUGAUUUAUUUUUUGUAAAGUAUUCUAUAUCUCCAAUAGGGUAGUGCUGUAUGUAACUCUAAAAGUAUUACACAGUGCUUCUUUUGAGGGAAAUUUCCAGUCUGCAUGCUUUUUCCCCCCACAGCUGGUGUAAAAGACUUGCUUUUCUUCAUUAGAGAAUAUUUAAAGAAUUUGAGGAGGAUGAUAGAAAAAAAUGCUGGUCUCUUCUUAUACUGGCCUGGAAGUAACUCUUGGCAUAUUUUUUGCAAUGUAUAUUGCUCGGAAGCUGCUAAUUGAAUGAUGAAAGAUUUGAUGGUUGCAAAUCUCCACAGAAAUCAAGUCGUUGAGGCUUCAUGCUUUAUACAUAUUCACCUUGCAUGUGUAUGUAAAGAAGAAAGUGAAGGAUAUAUAUGCAAACUGCAGAAAUGUAAUUCUCUGUUUGUUCUGGAGGCAAUAGCACUGUAAAUGGAUUACAAAGGGAACACAAUGUAUUGAAACAUUAAGAACUACAGAUUUUGCUUAUUUCUGACUCAUAAAGCUGAAAAUACAUUAUCGAGGGAUUAAAUAGGAUCUUUUUCUUUAACUGAUAAGCAAAGGGAGAAUAACUUGAGUGGAUAAAGGCAUUUACAUUCUUGAAACUAAUGUAACAUUUGAAAAAAGAUUAAGAUAAUGUAACCUUAGAUUUCAAGACUAUCUUGUAAGCAAGCAGUGCAUUCAAUGGACAGUGAAGAAUAACAGUAUGAGUUGUAGAACAGAAUCACACCCUUUAACAAUAACAAUAGUGGAUUAAGAAGUUUUUAAAAAGAUUAUAUAAAGAUGCUGGAUCUGAUUCACCCCAAGACCUUUGUAUGAAACCUCUUCACUUUGUGAACUUUUGUAUUCUUUGUUUACAUGAAUGAGUUAGAUCGAUUACUUGUCAGUAGGAGAGUCUGUGCACUAUUUGGAUGUGAUGUAUGGCAGAUUCCAAGGCGUUGUUGUUAAUGUAAUAAUGUAUUAACUUGUGGUGUUGUAUGGUUACUGUAACUGGGGUCUGUCAGCUUUUUUUUUGUAGCAACACAAGUCAUGCAUGACUUUUAUUCACAUAUAUGUUUUCAAUAAUAGCCAUUUCCAAAAGCCUUUUCCAAAGCUUAAUUGGCCUUUCUUUGUCUAUUAGUUGUUCAAUUCUGAAAGGAAUUAAUAUAUUUUUCAAGCUGUUUCUAGUUAAUGACUUGUGUUGCUAUUCAUAGUUCUUUACAGUUCAUUGUAUAAAAGUACCAUUGCACUACAAUGGCUGUUUAUGUAAUCUUAAAACUGUAUGUCUAUUGUAGUCAUUGAGUAGUGCUUAAUGCCAUCACAGUCCCAUGUUACAUUUGAUUUUGUUGCGAAACAGCAUUUCACUUCUGCUUUUAUGAAGUAUCAACUUCGAGCAUUGCAUGCAAGUAUUGUUUUUAAAAACAAAAUAUUGAACAUUUAAUUUGUAAUCCCUGGGAUUUCUAUUGAAACCCUUUGGAGUAUUAUGCUUGUUUGCUUUAAAUUAGGAUAUGACAAUGAUUUGUUCCAUGUAUGUGUUUGCUGCAGCAUUUUAUUGUUUCUCCAAUGAAGUGGCAGCUGAGCAAAAUGUUUUUUUUUUUCAUUUUCCAUUUUGCAUGCUUCAUGGGUGGGGGGAGAUAAAGAGAUUGGGUUGUGCUGUUUUCUGCAAUGGGGUUUUUGCUUAGUUUCCAGAAGAAAAAUCUUGUUUCUCAAGACACUACUUUGCUUUCCUUUGUAUAGAGUCAAGCAAGUGCCUUCGUUGUAAAGGCUCAGUAUUUUCUUGAGAAGUGAACUUAUGUCCUAUGCAAGCGUUUUCUACAAACCUGCAUAACAAGUUCUUUGUAAACUCUAGUAUGCUUCAAUGUAUAUAGUGUUUUUGAAAGAUAGUAUUUUUUAAUUUUUAGGUACCUUUGAACAGAAUCUCCUUAACUUGUGGUCUGUUUCUAUACAUGUACAUGUAUAUAAAUAAGCCCCUUUCUUGUAGAUUACCAUGACAAGUUGUUGUAUAAAGUUUCACUGGUUCUAUUUUUCUACUGUUAUCCCACAAGAGGCACGUAACAGUGAUAAAACUUUAAAUCUGCAACUAGUUGGCAUCUUCAAAAUAAACUGCUUCUAUAGAA